ACAGAAGUUAGUUGAUUGCUCGUUCGCCUGCUGUCGCGUUUGCUUUGCUAGUAGCAGAAAAAAAUAUAUAUUCGCAUUAUUAGGUGUUUUUGUUUCUUAUACUACUUUACGUUAAUAAUUCUGUUGUAUAUUGUGAGAAGUGACAAGUUGGAAGAAAUGGAGGUGUGGCCGUAAAACUUGCAUUGAGGACUCGUUCACAAAUUGAUCUUCCCUAGGGCUCGUGCCUGCGUGCAGUACAGCUAUACACCGAACAUUUGCGACACAAAUGUUUUUAUAAUUUAUUAACAACCAAGGAGUAUUAGGUUAUGCAUAUUUUAAAUAAAUCGAGCUUAACCUAGGCUGCUAAAAUGAGCAACUGGGCUAGGAGGAUGCACCGGCGGGCUGCCACUUUGAGCAAUGUGGUCACAUCCUGUGGGCACCCGAAUACCCUGCCCUAUCCGCGGCGGCUAGAAAAAGUGAAGUUCGGAGUACCCUUGCACGAAGUUUGUAAAGACGACAUACCUGGGCCUCUACUCGUGCUGAUUUUAAAGUUGAACAAGGAGGCACCGCUGCGUCGCGAUGUAUUUCGCGCACCAGGACAUCAGGGUGCUAUGAAGAAACUAAUUCACUUCCUGCAAACGGGCCGACUAGUGAAUGUAGACAAUUACUCUGUGUAUACCAUUGCUAGUGUACUCAAGAAGUUUUUGAGGAAAAUACCGGGAGGUGUGUUUGGACGUGAUGGGGAGAUGCACCUUUUCACUGCUGUUGAGUUGCCUGAAGAGCAGCAGGUGCAUGAAAUAAGAAGACUGCUUCUGUCCCUGCCAGUGUGCACGCAAAGGCUGCUAGUGCUGUUAUUCGGCACGUUUCGGGUGAUGGCGUCAAAUGCUGACAAAGCUGGUACGGGCAUGACAUCCGAAGCGCUCGGUGUGUCCGUAGCCCCGUCAUUCUUCCACUCUUGCGUAUCGGAUGGCAAAACCGCCACCAUGGAGGACGUUCAGAGGUUCAAGGCUGAAGUGUGCGUGGCGACCCGCAUAAUGCGUCAGCUGAUCGAGCAGUUCUCGGCGGGCGAUCUGUUCGGGCGCGACAACUACGAGUACUACGCGCGGGUCACGGGUCGUAUCCUGCGAGUUAAGGACGAGUGGAUAUGCUCGUUCAGGGACCCGCCGCCGCCGAGACACCGCAUCGACCAGGAGGCCUACGCUAGACAGUUAUCACUGGAAGCCGAGAAGACGUGGCUGCAAUGCGAAUGCGAUCGUUGGGGCAAUAAAUUCAAUUUAGAAGGUUUAACAAAGUCCGAAGAGUGCCAGUCGAUGCCCGCGCUGAUGGGCGUCGUGGGCGGCAGCGCGGCCGGCGGCGUGCUCGGCCUCGGCAUCAUACCCGAGCACUCGCUGCUCGACUCCUGCACCAGGCUGUCCAUCUCGCUCGAGGAGAGCGUGUUCAAGGUGUCGGUGAGUUCGUCGUCGCAGUCGUCGCGCAGCAACUCCAGCCCGCACAUGACGCUGGACGAGCUCCGAGCCAUCAACAAGUACGCGGAGAGCACCAAGAGCCUCUCCUAUCUCCCCCAGGUCCACGAGCGCCAGCGGGCGCGCAUGCGCACGCGCUCCGAGUGGUUCCUGCAGCCCGCCGCCUCGCUGGACACGCCGCGCGCGCGCGCCGGUGGCGAACGUCGCAGCUCGCGGCGGCGGUCCCGGCGCGCUCGUCUGUGCGCGGGCGGCGCCGCGUGCCGCGCGCUCACGCACUCCGACACUGAGGUCCCGCUCGCUCUCCAGCCUCGUAAAAUAACCGCCUGACGCGAAAUCAAGGUCGAUAUCACCUACCUAGGAGUGCCUACACCGAAGCGCGCCACGGAACCUGAUCUAAGGCUUCUUGUUAGUUAUUUAAGUCUUCGGCCUCGCAGUGAUCGACUAUCGCUUCCUUAAAUACACCACACUAACAGUUAGUCGUCUGAUACUAAGAUUCCACUCGCUCUCCGGCCUCGUAAAAUAACCGCCUGACGCGAGAUCACGGUCGACAUCGAGUAUCUUCGAGUGCCUACACCGAAGCACGGCACUGAACCUGAUAUAAGGCUUCUUGUUAGUUAUCUAAGUCUUCGGCCUCGCAGUGUCACCUGAAGUGUGACCGCGUCACCGAAUAGCAUCUGAGGCUCCAUGUUAGUGAAUAUUCUCUUCGGCCUCCAGCCUCGCAGAGGCCGCCUAUUGCUCCCAGGAUACAUACUACAUACCAACUAUUUCUCGGAAUUGUCUUAUCAAGCACCAUUCCCGACUGCGUAAGCAGAUAUCGAUCUUUAAACCAUUGUAAUCGAAACGACAUUAAUGGAAACGCAAUGGGAACCUUUACAUUGCGUAUGUCCAUAGAUCUCAGAGCCCUUUACCACGAGGCGACCUGUGUUCAUAAUAUGUUACAACACUUACGACUACCAAAACGAACUACCUAGACCUGUGAAGGAAUGGAAAUCGUUGGAUUUAAUUUACCACAAUCUUUCCCUAAAUGCGCAGCAUUACUCAAACGACUUGUAAACAAGACCCUACCAUAGUUCAGUCAAUUUGUAAUAAUAGUUAGUGUUUUAUGUUAGUUUUCAUAGUAUUGCAUUUUUAUGAAAACUGGCAUGCUGUUUUCCUCAUUUUAUUUGCAUGACGAAAAAGCUAUAUAGGAUAUUGAACAUCAUCACAAAUGUUACAUUGAUUAUUGUAAUGAGUGGUGAGCCGCAUUGCAAUAAGUUAAGCAUUAAUUUAAAAUAGGUAGGUUUACAAUAGCCUUUUAAAUCUUGAAGUCUCAUAUGAUCUGUUUCUCAAAUAAUGUAAUGUGCCGCACGUAUGCAUUUUACAAUGUGUUUAACACUUGUUUCGUUUAUUUAAAAAUAUUAACAAGUAUACCAGUAUAAGAUAGUACAGGAAAUAACGAGCAAUUUUAGAUUCUGUUAAUAUCGUAAAUUUUAUGACAUAAGCCUUUGUUCGAUUGUGCUAUUGCUGUAACGUUGUAUAAAUAAUAUAUUAUCGAAUUUAUUAUGAGAAUUGAUCGCUUAGUUGUUAUCAGCUAUAUUACUAUAGGUAGAGGUUCAGUUAUAUUGGGACAAAGAAUUGAUUUUUAAUGAAGUACCCAAUUACUUCGAUAUCACAAUGUUUAAUACAUUCCUGUAAAUAUAUAACGUAGAUAUAAUUAGAUAGUGUUUAACGCAAAAUAAUCUUACCAUAGUUUCUUUGGAACAUGGUAAAUUACGAACAAAAUUUAUUUUCUAUCUUAAAUUUUAUUUCGUUUUAUAUUAUGUUCUAUCUACCUCAUUCAUCAAUUAGUCCUUCGAUCGCGAGUUUUGCUCAUAUUUAGAUUAUAUUCCAAUAGUUCCCUAGUCCGUAAAAAUGGAUUGUUUCACUUUUCCUUAUUCUUUAAAACGAAGAUAGUAAUUUAUGGUAUCUAUUCGCCAAAAUUUGAGCCAGACGCAAAAGACUGAAUUUUUUAGUAAUAACUUUGAUACUUUUACAAAAAUAUCCCUUCAUAUUAAACCUAACACAUGAUGUUACUUCAACAAGUACCUCCUGAAUACUUUUUUAUAUAUAUUAUUGGAUAGUACAAAAUUGAGUUUUUUAUUCCGGAACCACAGGAGUAUUUUUAUAAAUUCUUCAUUGCAAUGUGAGGUGCUAGGAUGAUUGUGAAAAGUUUUCUAUUGUGGCUUGUGUCAGCAAGACAUCGUUUAUUAAAGCGGCAUAAAGUAUUCUUCGUAUCAUACUUAAUUGGAAACAAGGGAAAAUGUUUUUAUGACGGUGAUAAUAUCUAAACUUUGGCCCUACUGUAGAUAUCUGUUAUUCAAAUUAUGCUCGCGUUACUAAUUUACUUUAUAAAAACUUAAAUUAUUGUUAUGCACAUUGGUUCGCACAGGAUGUUUUAGUUAUAUAAUAUAUAACAUAUAUUUAAGACUGUUUAGGUUAGUUUAUUCAAUGCAAGUCAAAAGACAUGUAAUUGUUUAACAUAUGAGACUAAACUUCAGAACAUGAUCUGAUUGCUUCAAUAUUAUUUAGUAAGAUGUUAGAAGACAGCAAUUUAUGUUUUAUACAUAUGUAAGUAGGUUUUAAGCAGUUGUUAGCCUGCUUUUCGUUGCCUGAUGAAACCAUCACACUGUUUUUAUAUCAUCAAAUAUAGCUAUAUAUGUAUGCGUAAUGUGACAUUACGUGUGUUAUAUAACGAAUGUUAAACAAAUUGGUGGUUUUUGUGUGAUACCUGUUGUUCUGUGGCCAUACUGUAGCGGGAAGGGCGUAGAGUUCCGAAUACUGCUAGAAGGGUUGUAUUGUUAGCCUACUUAGAUGUGUAUGUUGUAAUAAAGUAUAAGAACGGGCUUGCAUCUCUCGGAUUUGCACGCCCAAGUUCCUGUGUUCAUUGAGUAGUGAUAGGAAAACAAUUGUAGUAGGUUAAUAGUGUCGUCGUGUAUGACAGUGGCGCGACGUACCAUCAGCCACAUACUUUACUGACGGUUAACCUAGGAACAAUAACAUGAGAUCAACAUGUGGGCAGUUAAGUGUGUUGCUGUUGGUACUUACUGCUUUUGCUACCACGAGCGGGCUUUACGAAAUGGUAUACAAAAGCCGUGGUAGCAACAGCGAACAUUUUUUUAUAAAUUAACCAUUAGUGUAUUACUUUAUGAUUCAAUGCGUCCUAUUUUUUUUAGAUAGAAUUAUAUUUCUCAUGUUUAACAUAGCUAUAUUCUACUAUUUUGUACAAUAACGUAUAAGUUGCUCUAAAAUGUAGAUAGAUUAUUUUUCAUUUUAUAAGACUGUUUAUGUUAUUACUUAUAUAAUUUAUUAAUGACACUCGAAUACUUGAAUGUCAGAUCAUUCCACCGACUUAAGUAUUUUCAACAACACCAGUUGCAUUUGAGUAUUAUAAUUCUUUUUUCAUUAACUUUUAUAAGAGAUCUCAGAGCUUUAACAAAAUAAUAACAGUGUUACUAUAAAAGCAUUUCUAUAUAAUAUUUUUACUACUAAACGUAACGGAAAUUCAUUAACUUUCUUUGACAUUAUAAAAUGUAUUUCUGAAAUUAAAUGGAAUCCAAUUUAAUAUUGAUUCUUGAUAGUAUUCAAUAUGGUAUUUCGCUUAUUAAUUUCAGUUGUUAUUGUCACAUUAUUUGCACAUUUUCUACACGAAUUAUAAAGAAAUUACACGAGAAUAAAAAAUAAUAAAUUAAA